CUGAGCAAAGAGAAAGUGGCACCAAGAGAAGACAAAAAAUGGUGGGUUCGCUUCCAGUUGCAAAUGUCCAAGCUCUUGCUUCCAGCUACUCCGGUGAUGUGCCACUCCGGUACCUACGGCCGGAACUCCUCUCAGAAGAAGUUUUGGUGGAUGAGUCUCUUCAAAUUCCCACCGUAGAUAUGAGGAAGCUCCUGGUUGAUGAUGAUGAAAUGAGUAAACUUCACUUGGCCUGUAAAGAAUGGGGUUUCUUUCAGUUAAUAAAUCAUGGGGCAGCCGAAGAAGUAAUUGAGAAAAUGAAGGCAGAUGUUCAAGAAUUCUUUAAAUUGCCACUAAAGGAGAAGAAUGCAUAUGCGAAACUACCAAAUGGGGUUGAAGGUUAUGGCCAAAACUUUGUUGUUUCCGAAGACCAGAAGCUUGAUUGGGCUGAUAUGCACUUUCUUCAAUCCCUGCCAGCCUCUGAAAGAAAUAUGAGGUUCUGGCCUGAAGAACCCACUUCUUUCAGGGGAACUUUGGAAAAGUACUCAUUGGAGCUUGUAAAAGUUUCAAACUGCCUUCUGAAGUUGAUGGCUAAGAACCUUUUGAUAAAUCCUGAGCAGCUCACAAAUAUGUUUGACGUUGGAAGACAAGCAGUGAGAAUGAAUUACUAUCCGCCUUGUGUGCAUGCAAGCAAGGUAAUAGGUCUCACUCCCCACUCAGAUUUCGGAGGACUUACCCUACUUGUUCAAGUCAAUGAAGUGCAAGGCUUGCAAAUUAAGAGAAAUGGUAAAUGGAUACCAAUUAGGCCUGUCCCUGGUGCGUUUAUCGUCAACAUUGGUGACGCUAUUGAGAUAAUGAGCAAUGGGGAAUAUAAGAGCAUAGAGCAUAGAGCAGUGGUGGACCCAGAAAAGGAACGACUCUCCAUUGCAACAUUCUGUUCUCCGAAUGCUGGGGCAAUCAUUGGUCCUUUGCCAGAGCUUACAAAGGAGAAAGGUGCAAUCUAUAAAUCUGUAAGCAGGGAGGAGUACAUAAAAUUUGUACUUGGUAGAAAACUUGAUGGCAAAAGUACAAUAAAUCAUAUGAAGUUGGAGAACUGAAAGGCCAUGAUAACCAUGUAUUAUCGAAGGAAUUGAGUUGAAUAAAUUAUGUGAUCCAUAAUUUAAGAAAA